ACAAAAAUAAUAUUAUUUAAACACGGCGCAGCGAUUGGCGGAUCACCGAACACAACGGCAGCACCACGUUUUCUCACUCUGAUGGGACUUCAGAAAUUGAUUCAAUGUGAGAAAUUCGGUGGAGAGAUGAGGAGCGCUGGGACUGCGGCUCUGAGCUGCGUGCGCCUGUUGGCAAUUUCGUGGGUUUCUCCCGCUUUCUCCCAGAAAACAGAGUGCGUAAAAGUGAACCCUUGCAAGUGCACAAUGAAGGAUGGGUCGGGGGUGAUUAAUCUGGCAGCGAUGGGGGAUUCUGACGGAUUUCUGGAGCGGGACAAGCAGUUGCCCAGUUCAGCUGGAGAUGCCGAUGCUGAAAUUUUGUAUUCGUUCAGUCCUUGUCACCCUUUCAGUGAGCCUCCGGAGUACGCUCCUCAAUGUUUGAACGUGGCUGUCUGUCUGAUUUUGAGGUACCGGACCCCUCGAGGUGAGAUCAAGCGCUUCUUGAACUUUGGGAGACACGAGGACAGUGAGUUCAGCUACAACAACGUCACCGAUUCACUCAGUGUCACCUACCGCGCAUCGCACAGCAGCAUCUUACACACGGUGGUUCAGUACAACUGCACCUCAAAACGCUCGGUAGUGCUGUUUCGAGAUCCAGAGCAGCCCAAUGUUUUGCAGAUAAAUGUCAGCAGCCCCUGCGCCUGCCCCAACGGCUGCAAACCCGAGGACGUGGGGCCAGGAACGAUCAUAUUAAUCGUGUUCAGCAUAAGCGUUGCCGCCUACUUCCUUUUCGGUUUGUGUGGACUCAAUCCGAUCAGAACUCCAAAUGGCAUCGAGCUUAUUCCCAAGGAGAACACUUGGUGCAGUCUGUGUUAUGCGUGCGUAGAGAGAAGGGGAAGAAACCGACCAGAUUAUGGGUCACCUUCGUAGAAUUAGACAGCACAGGAGGAGGCCAUUCGGCCCAUCGUGUCUGUGCCGGCUUUUUGAAGAGCUCUCCAGAUCAAUCCCACGCCCCUGCUUGACCUUAACUUUGCUGUAAAAUAGGAUUUGGAUAUUUUUUUUGCUCGCUGCACUCUGGUGGAUGAAUUUUUAACAGCCAAAUGUAUAUUAUAAUUGCUUUUUCACACGUUCCUGCCCGUUGAAUCACAGGACCAGCAAGCUCUUGUUUGAGAACGCUGCGUUUGCUGAAUUGACGGGUUGCGCUAUCGAGACGACAUUGAACACAAGGAGCUAUUUAUCUCCCAGUGCAUUGUGCUGCAGUGUUCAUCUGUGCAACUUUAACCACUCCUCCACGCUCGGAAUGAAUAAAACAGAGCACCCAUUAAAAAUGUGUGUGUAAAUCUAGAUACAAUGCCAAAUAUAAAAAUAACAAUAAUAAGGUCCACUCAAUCCACGACUGUUUGUGUGACACUGCAAUGGAUGAGUGACAUUACUGCAAGUUAAUUGUUCGAAAUGGCAUUGCCUCGCAAUUUCAGAAGUUCAGAUGAACGUCUUUCAGCCCAUUUGAUCUCAAGUGGAAGACUAGGACACCAACCUAACAUCCUCCCAUUACAGCAGUGUGCUAUUUGUUAAAUGAAUCCAGGGCUCUGGAGAAAAUGGAGGGGGGUUGGGGAGAGAAAGAACAGCUUUUCCUUAAAGAAAGUCUUCUGUGCUAACACAAAAUA